AUGUCGCAGCAAACUGUUAUUCGUCUCCCCGGUGAGCGGAACUCGAUCCAAAACUUCAGGGCUUUCCAGGAACCCAUCCCAGUUCCAGCCAAGCACGAAGUUUUAAUCAAGGUUCAUUCCGUGUCGUUGAACUACCGGGAUGUCGGUGUCGCUCUCUCGCUAUACCCGUUCCCUGUCAAGGACAACGUUGUUCCAUGUUCUGAUGCUGCCGGUGUUAUCGUUGAGGUUGGCGAAGGCGUCAAGAAUGUCUCAAAGGAUGAUCAUGUUAUCACUACCUUCGAUCCUACCAAUCUCUAUGGCCAGCAAAUGGAUUGGAACAACGGCCAUGGUGCACCAGUCGAUGGUGUCCUUCGAGAAUACAUUACGGUCCCCGUUACUUCCGUGGUCCAAGUCCCCAAGGACUCACCCCAGAGCUUCUCGGAGUGGUCCACUCUGGUGUGCACUGGUGUGACUGCAUGGAAUGCCCUCUACGCCCUUACCCCACUGAAGCCGGGACAAAUUGUGCUAUUUCAAGGAACUGGUGGCGUUUCCAUCACUGGAUUGAUCCUAGCCAAGGCUGCUGGAGCAAUCACUAUUGUGACUUCCUCCAGCGAUGACAAGCUCGCAUUCGUCAAAGAAAAUUUCGGUGCAGACUAUACCAUCAACUACAAAACUCAUCCCGAAUGGUCCAAAGAGGCCUUGAGACUGACCAACGGGGAAGGUGUCGACUAUGUAUUCGAAAAUGGCGGUUCCGGAACUAUCGCCGAGAGUAUCAACUCUGUGAAAAUGGGCGGCAAUGUCUCAGUCAUUGGGUUCCUUUCCCAAGCAAAGGAGAUGCCUGAUGUCGCGAGUCUAGCUCUUGCCAAGGGAGCCGUGAUUCGCGGUGUUAUCGUUGGAUCUACGCAGCUUUUACAGGAGGUUGUCCGCUUUGUUGCCCGCAAAGGCCUUCGUUUGCCUGUCGAGAAGGAGUUUGGCUUCUCCCAGGAGGAAACCAUCAAGGCCUUUGAGUAUCUAACAUCUGGAACACACAUUGGCAAGGUUUGCAUCAAGGUCGUUGAAUAA